CGAAGCUUGUGUUGCUCUCGAAAUCCCCUUGCUUGUUUUCAUUUUUCACACACUCAAGUCAUUGACAGAAUGGCAGAGGAGAAUCAGUUCUUUGCGCAGCCCCCAUCGGACGGACCUACCAUGGACAACGACGAUGCCCCGAUUCUGUUGGGCGACCCGUCGGGGAGUGACUCGGGCUUUGCCAUGAUUCCGGACGGUGGCGAUCAACCAGCGUAUUUGGGCGAGGUUGACGAAGCGUCUCCCACCGACGAUGCUCCCAUCAUUAUGGGGGCACCGUCGAUGGACGAUCACGAGGAUGGCAUGGAAGAUACCGCCAACGACGAUUUGGCGCUGGCCAACGCGGAGCCCACGCCAAUGCAAAAGUUCAACGCGGAAUGGCAGGAAACCUUGCUGAAGCGCAAGGACGAAGAGAAUUCUCGCAAGGCAGAAUUCGUCGAAGCUUCGCGAGCCUUUAUGGAAGACUUUCAGAAGGAACGCGAGCGCAAGCGCGAAAACAAAAUGGGCAAGAACCGCGAAGACGAGCAGGCCAAACUGGAAGCCAUUGAAGCCGACCUCGAAAACGAUAACAGCUGGCAGCGCGUCUGCAAGAUGGUUGAACUCUCGCACGAUUCGACUUCCAAGGCGCAGGAUGUCAAGCGCAUGCGGGACGUCAUGAUCCAUCUCAAGAACGAACCCAAACUCGCCGAAACCUUGACUUCUUAGAGAGAUUGCUCCCGGUAGUGUUUUGGUUUUGGGAUACACUAGUUUUUUGAAAGCAAAAGGACUAAUAAAACUAUAGUUGUCAAACAUGGAUGC